AUGAGAGUAAUCCUACCCGAAAUUUUUUGGCAUGGCAAUCGAGAGAGAAUUAUGUCUUUGGACUUCCAAAGUUCUUCAACCCCUCAGUUAGCAACUUGUGGAGCUGACUUAGUUUUAGGCAUCUACAUUCGUAUCUGGCAAAUAAAUCUCUUUAACAAUGAACUGAUUCCACAGCAUAUUGAUGAUUUGGCGGGAACACAUGAGCGAUGUGUAAACGUCGUUAAAUUUUCCCCUGAUGGAAAAUUAUUAGCUUCAGGCAGUGAUGAUGGCUGUGUCGUUAUCUGGGAAAAGAAAUUAAAACCAGUCUUUGGAGAAGACCGUGAAGAAAUUGGCUGGGGGUCCAAAAGAGUUUUACGUGGACACGUAGGAGAAAUCCAUGAUUUAUGCUGGAGUGAGACAGGGAAGUAUAUUGCUACAGCAAGUAUGGACGGAUCUGCUAUAAUUUUUGAUGUAGAAAGAGCUAAAGUUAUACAGAGAUUAGAAGGACACAAGCAUGUGCAAGGGAUUUCUUGGCAUAGCGGGUAUUUGGCUACUAUGUCAACAGAUAGGACUUUAAGAAUUUUUAAGCAAUCAAAGAAGGGUUUUUAUAUCAAACACUCAGUCAGAGAUUAUGAGAAAAACAAGCUCUUCCAAGAACAAGGCCAAGCUUCAGCAUUUUUUAGAAGGCUUGCAUUCAGUCCUUGUGGGAGCUUAUUAAUUGCCCCAGCUGGGCUCUCAGGAGACAUUCCUGUUGCUCACUGCUUCUUUAAAAAGCAAUUUACUGUUCCAAGUAUAACAUUCCCAAUAAAUAUAACAAACCAAGAAAAAGCAAGUGCAGUUUGUGUCAAAUUUUGUCCUUUCUUUUAUAAAGCAAAUGAUACACAGCUGAUUGCAGGUCUUGAGCAUAAACUUGUGUGGGCAGUUGCUACAAAAGACUCAGUUUUGAUAUAUGAUAGUGAGCAUGCAACUCCAAUAGGAGCAAUUACAAAUGCCCAUUAUGCUCCGUUAACAGACCUAGCUUGGUUUGGCGAUAAACUAUUAGCAGUAAGCAGCAUUGAUGGGUACGUUUCCUUUGUAGUCUUCGAAGAAGGAGAGCUUGGUAUCAGAAUUACUGCAGAAGUUAAAGAAGAAAAAAGCCAAGAUAUGGAAAUUGAAGAAGAAGUUGAAGUUAAAGACGACAGCUCCAAAAAAGACACUGGAAAACGAAGAAUCUGCCCAGUCGCUGUUGUAGGUAAUUAA